AUGGCGUCAAGAAAAAAGGCAGAUGAAGAGAAGCUGAAACGCCGCCGUUUGGCAAGAUUUCGCUUCAAGCGUUUGGUGCAUGUGGUGAUCAGCAAUCGCUACUGGAUCGCCGAAAUUGAAGACCGUGAAAUUGGAAACAAUGUAACCAGAAACGUCGCAGUAAUUGAACGUCGUCUCACCCACAAAGGAACUCUUACAAUAAUUGAAAAGAAAAUUCUCAACAGUCCUCCCGAAGAACGCACCGAAGACAAGCGACGCCUGCUAAGACUUGUGCUGAGAAAUAUAGAAUGUCUGCAAGAGCUGACCGCGGAACAGUUGGACGAUAUUGCUGGCUGUGCGACGUUCGAGUAUUACGAGCCGGGUAGAGUCAUAUUAAGGGAAGGUCACCAUCCGAAUGCGGUUUACUUUCUCGCAAACGGUGAGGUUGUAGUCAGCCGAUUAAGAUGGGACAGUAUCUAUCACACCUACAACGAUACACCCUGCGGGACGCGGGUACGUGGCCAAAUGUUUGGUGAAACUGCACUCUUGCACGAUUGUCCACGGACAGCUACCUGUACCACGGCCACCGACUGUGAGUUACUGUGCCUCUACCGUACAGACUUCGAGCGCAUCCUGAAGUGUACGCUGCUGGAACGCUGGCGACAGUUGCAGCUUGCAUUGGCGCGGUUUGAUUACUUCAAAUAUUGGACCAAUGAUCAGGUACGCGAGUGUUGUCUGCUGAGCCGAAUCGCUGCGUUCGAAUCGCACGAGAAGCUUCCGGUGGAUGUUGACGAACGGUACGCGUACUUCGUGCUCAGUGGCCAAUGCAUGAUACUGCAGUGUUUGACGGUAUCGCAAAGGAACGGCACCUACCGGCUGUUACCGAUUGGGGCUAACGAAUCUUCCGCCGCUAAGCAAAUGUCAACCGACGCGAAUGAUCGUAAGAAAGCAAACGUUGAGCUUCGGUUCAUCGACGUUGGCACCUUUAGCUGCGGUUCCGUGUUUGGGCUCGGUGAAGCGAUGCCCCAUCGGAUGGUAGUGGCCCGGAACCGGGUGCAGUGUUUGGUGAUUCCACGCGACUGGCUGUUCGAGAAGCAGCAGAACGUCGGCAACACUUGGCAGCGGAUUCGCAUGAAGCUCGAUAUGACCAUCCAGCGGGAUCGACUUUUCGAGCUGUUUGUGCGUGAUCAACACUGGCACCGCUACCGGAAAGCGCUGGUGGGCGAGUACGUACGUCGCAAUCCCAGGCAGAAUCCUACGCUGCUUGCCGACGUGCCGAUCAUGUGUCGGGUAGAGCAAGGUGAGAUUUAA